GAUUGUAUUCUUUUGAACACUACAUUGCGACAAUUGUAACUGCAUGUUUGAACUUCGUACAUUGAUUAUUGUCAUCUCACUUACAUCUAAUCUCUAAUUACACAAGCAACGUGAUAAAGAUGAUGUUUUCAUCGCGCAAACGAUCCAACGUCGGGGUUGUGGAAAGAUGCAAGGGAGUAGUGCUGGGGUAUUUGGUUUUAGGGAUGGGCGUGGGAGAUGUUUGGGGGAAAAUCACGUUGGAGAGUGUGAGGGGGAUUACGGAGGUUACGAGGGAGGGGAGGGAGAGAGUGGGAUGGGGUGAGGGGGGUGGAGGUGGAGGCGGGAAUGUGGUGGAGAUGAGGAUGGGGGUUGAUGGGGGAAGGAGAGGAGUGGAGGGGUGGGGAGAGGGAAAUGAGAAGGGAGGACAGGUGAUUAUGAGUGCUGGGAAUGGGGAUGCAGAUCGAGACGAGAUUGAGGAUACGGUAGCGGCGGCUCUGCAUAUGCUCUGCGAGGAUCUCUUGAUUGAGUUGGAGAAACCUCUUUUGAUUUCUUCUUCUUCUCCUUCUUCUUCUUCUUCUUCUUCUUCUUCUUCUUCUUCUUCUUCUUCUUCCUCCUCCUCUCUCUCGUCCUCUGCAUUUGCGUCUUUCGAGGAUACAAAGGGAGAAGUCAAUUGUACUCAGGUGAAGACAGAUUUUGAUGACUUACUGAGGGAAACAACAUGGUUUCUGUAUCAGGUUCAGGAACGUCAGAUGGUGUGGAGGUGGGCGAGGGGGAGCGCGGUUCAGAAGGGAGUGGAAUGGUUGCAGGGGCUGUGGGCUAGUAGAAGGAGUAAUUCUCAAGAUAGAAGCUUCAUCGAACAGCAAUUGGAGUUGUAUAAGAAGACGGGAUGUUUUGAGAAGGUAAAUGAUGAGGUUUUGAGGAAGGAUAUUGAGGUUGUGGAGUAUUUGAAUGAUUUGAUUGAGAUGUUUCCUUGAUGGAGGUGAGGAUUGGGGGUAGAGGUGGAGGCAGAGGAAAGGAAAGAGAUGGAUGAUGACGGGAUGAUUGAGUAUGGCGGGAUAGAAGAGUAUGGGGAGUAGAUUUAUUGAAAGGGACUGCAAGGCUGUUUAAUGGGAGAAUGAAUUGGGAAGUGUAUAAGGAGUCAAUGGAGGAGAUGAUUAAUGCUAGCGAAAUUGAGAAUAGCAACGAGCAUGGAGGAUGCAUAAUAUCGGAUUGGCAAUAGCCUGGAAUGUUUCAUUUUUGUACGAGUAGUACAUAUAUCAUUCAGCAAUGGGCAGGAGUACAAUAGAGGAUCGGUAUUGGAACAGAAUGACACCUUCUUACACUUUGUCUCCA